AUGGGGAACAAGUCGUCAAAACAACAGAGGCUGGAGAAUGCUGCGAAGACAGGGAUCUUUAACCUGACGACAUGGAAGGAGAAGACUCUGACCUCGUUCCCUGAAAGCGCUCUAGAUGUAUGGAUCCUUGCUGGGGGGAUGAGCUUGACGUUCUUUGAAGAUCCCAAACCUGCGUGUGUUGCACAUCGAACGAUGUGGAAUCACAAGUUUGCCGUCUAA